AUGUCGGCCGAAAAGCGCCCUGCGGACGACGAUCCCAGCUCGUCACAGUCGCUCGUCAAGCGACAAAAUGUCAACUCAUCCAAAGGCGCGCUGACACGACUCAAUGCCUCUACCUCUAGCAAUGCCCUUGUUCAGAGUGCCCCGAGAACCAGUGGGUUGCAGGCGCCCGUCAUGGAACUGUCUGGACACUCUGGAGAUAUCUUCACGGCCAAGUUUGACCUGACGGGCAACUUGAUAGCCUCUGGGUCGAUGGACAGGAGCAUCAUGCUCUGGAGAACCUAUGGCGACUGUGAAAACUACGGCAUCCUAAACGGACACAAGGGCGCCGUGCUAGACCUCCAGUGGUCAAGAGAUUCGGAAAUAAUCUACUCGGCUUCGGCGGACAUGCAUUUGGCGAGCUGGGACCUGACAUCGGGGACGCGGAUACGGCGAUACAUAGGACACGAGGAAAUCAUCAACACAAUGGACAUAAGUAGGAGGGGCGAAGAGCUUCUCAUCAGCGGCAGCGACGACAGCACAAUUGGUAUAUGGGAUCCACGGACCAAGAACGCGGUCGACUACCUGGAGACGGAUUUUCCUGUCACGGCUGUGGCCAUCUCGCAGGCCGGCAACGAGAUCUACUCAGGCGGCAUAGACAAUGAUAUCCGGGUGUGGGAUCUUCGCAAGAAGUCGGUUGCCUACUCGAUGCUGGGUCACUCGGACACGAUCACGUCGCUGCGUGUCUCGCCAGACUCUCAGUCUCUCCUGUCGCAGUCCAUGGACACGACUGUGCGCACGUGGGAUAUCCGCCCCUUUGCGCCCACCGAGCGACACAUCCGGACGUUUGACGGUGCGACGGUGGGUUUGGAGAGUAACCUAGCUACGGCGAGCUGGGGGUCAGAUGGAAAGAAGGUGGCUGCUCCGUCGGGAGAUGGCACCGUCAUCAUUUGGUCGACCGAGACGGGUAAACUCAUGUACAAGCUACCCGGGCACAAGGGUAGUGUGAAUUGCGCCGAGUUCUCACCCAGCAAGGAUCCAAUCCUCCUCUCAGCAUCAUCGGACCGCACUAUGCUGCUCGGCGAACUUCGGUGA